UUUGUACAAGCUACCAAUGUAGUGUCCUUUGCAAAGUAUCCAAUGCUUUCCUCAGCUAUACCAGUAUACAAUUAUCUAAUUGAUGAGCUUGAAGAAUAUUGUGAUAAUUGUGAUAGUUCUAAUGAUAUAGUAACUGCUGUUAAAGCAGGUAUAAAGAAAUUAGAAACAUAUUAUGCAAAAACAGACGAAACAACUAUGUAUACAGUUGCUACUAUACUUGAUCCACGAUUAAAACUAGGUUACUAUGAAGAUCACAAGUGGAAACAAACUUUUAUUCGUUUUGCAAAGGAAACAGUUAUCAAUAUCUAUAAUGAUAAAUAUGGACCUGCU